AUGGCCGAGGCGGCCGAGGCGGCGCAGCACGUGCAGGAGAAGGCCGCGCAGGCCGUGCACGACGCUGGAGAGAAGCUGAAAGGAGCGAGCCCCACGAGCACGGUCUCGACGGCAGCCUCGUCCACGGCCGAUGCGUUCCACAGAGUGGAGCACAAGGUCGAGGAGGUGCCCCACGGCGCCCACCGAUCAUGCGGGAGCACGUUCAGGAACCACUAUUCUGGGGAAUUCGACCUCCUUGCGUGGCACAAGGACGAAGCGACACUGCUGCAGGAGGCAGCGAAGGCAGGCGUUCAGAAGGGUGUGGAUGCGGUCUCCACGGCCGAGGAGACCGUGAGCGACAACAUUCCGCCUUGGAUGCAAUCGAGAUCGAAGGCAUCCAAAGGGGACAAGGACUGCGUACACAGCACCCGGCACUGCGAGUGCAAUUUGGGAGACGCGCUCGGCAGGAUGUUCCACAAGACCGAGGCCGCGGCGGGGCACGCCGGGCAGGCCGUGAAGGGCGCGCAGGGCGCGGCGGCACAGGCCGGGCAGGCCGUGCAGGGCGCGGCCGCACACGCGGGGCAGGCCGUGCAGGGCGCUGCCGACCAGGCCCGGCAGGCCGUGCAAGGCGCGGGCCACUAG